CACGGCUGCUCAGUGAAGGAUGCCCUGCCUUUGGCCGCUGUAACAGCAAACCAUGGCAUUACUGCAGCAAGAAUGCUGUGAGGCACAGAAAGCCAAAACAGAAAUCUCACAAGGAGUUUCUAUCUAGUCCUGAUGUCGGGGAGCCAGCCCCAGGUGGCAAGAGGCGUUCCUUGCUUGCGCUGCAGAGGGCUGUGCACGGGCUUCGAGCCACACUCCUGGAGAUGUGCAAGUCGUGCAAGUGCAGCCAGGAGGAGCACGGCCUGAGCUCGGAGCUGGACGAUGACCGCAAGAUCGGCCGCCUGCUCUCCGCCUCCAAGUACUCCUCGCUCACGGCGCGGCUCAAGGGCGGCGACGGCGGCCGCAUCUACAAGAGGAACCGCAUGAUCGUCACCAACCCCAACAUCUCGGGCAAGGACCCCACCUUCGACACCAUCACCUACGAGUGGGCUCCCCCAGGGCUCACCCAGAAACUGGCCAUGCAGUACAUGGAGCUGGUCCCCAAGGAGCUGCAGCCCGUGGCGGGCACGGACGGCGCCCUGCACCGGCGGCGGCGGCUGGCACGGCAGCUCCCGCUGCACGACCAGGACCCGGCCCAGUGCCGCGGCCUCGCCGAGGGAGAGCAGCAGCUGAUGGAGGAGUUCGUCAGCAAGUACAAGGCUGAGGCGCUGGGAGUCGGGGAGGUGGCGCUGCCAGGCCAGGGCGGCGGCGGCAAGGAGGAGGAGAAGCCCCAGGACAAGAGCAUCGACCCUGGCAGAGCCCCCGAGUCACCCAACGGGGCCCUGGAGAGCGAGCCCAGGGCUGGACACUACCGCUGUGAGACGUGCCAGCAGCCGGUGGCCGGGGACUGUCCGGUGGUGUACGCCGACCGUGCCGGUUACUCCCGGCAGUGGCACCCGGCGUGUUUCGUGUGCUGCCGCUGCGCCGAGCCCCUCGUGGACCUCAUCUACUUCUGGAAGAGCGGGGCCACCUGGUGCGGGCGCCACUACUGCGAGAGCCUCCGGCCCCGCUGCGCCGGCUGCGACGAGAUCAUCUUCUCGGAGGACUACCAGCGGGUGGAAGGGCUGGCCUGGCACAAGAAGCACUUUGCCUGCCUGGAGUGUGAGACGCUGCUGACGGGCAAACCCUUCACCCUGGCCAACUCCAGCCUCCUGUGCACCACCUGCAGCCAGAGCAGGGUCUGAGCCCCUCGGGCUCCCCGGGCUCCCACCAGGACUGGGGGCAUUUGGAAACACAGGAGAAGGGGAAGGUUAAUAAUUUAAGAGUCUGACUAUUCACUUGCAAGCAGCUCCGUGUCCCCUUGCAUCCAGCACAGCCUGAGGGAAGAAUUUCCCCGGGGUCCUCUGGGAUCUGCCAGGGAGCCCUUGUGCCCACGGGUGGGAGGAGCACGGUGUACCUGGCCAGGAGGAACUGGAAAGGAGGGGCUGGGCUACACUGGCUUCUAUCAAGUCUGUCCAACCUUCUUAUGACCGAGAUCCUGCAAUAGUCUUUUGGAAAUAACCCAUCUCAACAGUAACUUCUGGCAUACUAAACCUACAGUUGUGGUCAAAAACAAGGGCUGUUUGUGGUUUGUAAAUCUUUCCUGGAAUUAGGCUAACAGGCUGCUGCCACUGUGCCAAGGCAGUGGGCUUGAGGAAUUUGAUCAAUUUGCUGAAAGCAAAUGAUGGAAAAUUGCAGCUACACGCGGCUGGGGCUUUGUCCUGUGCAACGAUGCAAAAGCAAGGAGUGGGCACACAGGGCAAGGGGUUCACCCUGGUGAGAGGGGCAGGGCACGGCUCUGCCUGGUCAGAGACUGACUCAGCCCAUGGAGCUGCCACCCUGGAACUGGAAUGUAAAGAAUUUUCUGGAAAACAGCUUUACAGCCUCUGCUGUCUUGGGGGGGCAGAGUGUGUGUGUGUGUGUGUGUGUGUGUGUGUGUCCCUGAGAUGCUGCAAUGCCACUUUUUCCCUGCAAUUCUUCAGUGACCCUUCCAAGUGCCAAGGAGCUGUACCUUGUCCUGGGAGCCAGCAGCUCCUUGUCCUGGGCUCUGCCCUGUUCCUUGCC